CCCUACCCCUAUCUCUCCCUACUCCUCAUUGAUUUUUUCUACUACUACAAAAAGGGAGGAAGAAGGGUCUUAUCACUGCACUCCGCUGCAACAAUUCAUCUCACGCUCUGCUUGCUUUCUCCCCGAUUCCUCAGCCUCUGCACCAGGGAGCCUUUCUCUCUCUCUCUCUCUCUCUCUCUCUCUCUGGGUCUCCGCAGUAGUCUGCAGCGGCUUCUCCUCAUCAUCUUUAUAUGCUCGUUCGUUGCCAUGUGUUCUCCGGCGAAGAAUCCGAAGCGGGGAGAGAGGAAAACGAAGGAGGAAGUUGCAUGAGCGGCAGAGCUUAAUAGGAGAAGCUAGGGGUUGAACUUGAAGAGGGCGUAAGAGAGCAGAGCAGGGCAGAGACGGCGUCGUUUCUCUCUCUUUCUCUGUGUUUGUGUCUGUGUGUGUGGUGGAUCGAGCAGCUUUUUGUGUGACGAAAAAGAGGAGGGCGAAAAGCUUCAAACUGAAAAGGGAAAUUCGAGCAAGAUCUGCUUCGAAACUCCUCAUCGGUAACGGCGAAGCAACCAAAACCCUACUUCGCGAGAUCCAAUCCCUUUAACCAUCGGUGAAUCCACCUUCCUUCCUCCCUUCCCAAACCCUAAAUCUCUCUCUCUCUCUCUCUCUCUCUCUCUGGUGUGGACGGAUAUGGAAAUGUGAAGGUUCAUAUCGGAGGCUGAUAUUCGCCACAUACACUUGCCUUUUUGCAGCUUAAUCUCUGAAGCCCGCUCCAGCUUGCUGAAGAUCCGUUUGGAUUCAUUCCCAAUCCAAUCCCAAGAUCCGAAUAUAAAUCUACGCGAAGCAAGAAGCUAGCAAUGGCGUCGUCCUCAAGCUCUCCCUGCGCUGCCUGCAAGUUUCUCCGGCGGAGGUGCCACCCGGAAUGCGUAUUCGCGCCGUACUUUCCCCCCGACCAGCCGCAAAAGUUUGCGAACGUCCACAAAGUGUUCGGCGCCAGCAACGUUACCAAACUGCUGAACGAGCUCCACCCCCAUCAGCGGGAGGACGCCGUCAACUCUCUCGCGUACGAGGCGGACAUGCGCCUCCGCGACCCCGUGUACGGCUGUGUCGGCGUCAUUUCCCUCCUGCAGCACCAGCUCCGCCAGCUCCAGCGCGACCUCUCCUCCGCUAAGUCCGAGCUGUCCAAGUACCAGAGCCUCGGCAUCGCUGGCCACGGCCUCAUCGCCGCCGCAGCCGCUGCGGCCGCCACCUCCCACGGCCACCAGAACUUAGGGAUUAACAUCCUCGGAGGCAGCGGCGGCGGGGGGCAGCACUACCACCACCAGUUCUUCCCCCGGGACCAGCAGGCCGCGCAGCUUUUCAGGACCUUCGAUUCCGGGAGCGGUUAUGACGGCGCUGGUCUUCUGGCUAUGAACGUUUCGGCGAGCAUCGGACAACUGAGUCAGUUUCAGCAACCUAGGGCUGCGGCCGGCGACGAUCGCCGUACAAUUGAUCCUUCUUGAUGUUUUUAUUUUUUUCCCGAUUCCUGGACGAUAAAAUCUCACCGGAACUCAUAGGAAGUAAUUAAAAAUAUGCUUUUUACUAGUAUUAGGGCAGCCUUUCGAUGAUACGUACCAUUGAUCUGCAUGAUUUUGGGAUAUAAAUCCUCGUUUAUUUAUUUGAUUAUUAGAUGUAUGAAAAUUCCAGUUUAUUAAUUAAUCGUAGUAAACUGAUGAAUC